CGUCGGGCUCUUGUUUUCCCGUCUUCUAUUCUUUAUCGCCAUUCUUACGCUCUCUACCAUUUCAUUGCGUCUAUUUCUAUUAGUCACUCGCUCCAAAUUCGACGGCUUGACCAGCUGUAGCCGCCCAUCGCGGCCGAACCCCCGCGAUGAAGCCACUAACGUCACGCUUCUGUUUUCUCCUGGCCUCUGCCUUUACUUCUGUGUAUGCGUCUUCCGACUCGUCUGGCUCCGGUGAACUAGCCCCAUGUGUCGCGCGCUCUCCGACAACGGGACUUUACUACGACUUGAACGCCCUACAUGUACAACCGCUCCCGAGCGACGAGAAGUCACGCAAAUACAUGCGAGAUGAAAGCUGGCACGCGAAGGGCUAUGAUUACAACGCCAAUUUUACGCUGAACGUCUGCGGUCCGGUAGUUGAAAAUAUCACGGACGUGGUCGGUAUUGAGGAGGAGAGGUGGCAGAAUGUCAGCGCUUACUACCAGACGAAUGGGAAGACAUAUUCAAUCGGGCAACAAUCGUCCGAUCCGUUCUUUCGCGGUCGUAAGCUUGUCAUGAACUACACGGACGGCUCCCCGUGCGAUGACGAGGGAUCGCACAACAAGUCGACAAUCAUCUCGUUCUUGUGCGACCGCGAUGUGACCACGUCGACACCUAUAUUCUCUUUCGUCGGCACGAUGGACCAAUGUACAUACUUCUUUGAAGUCCGAAGCUCUGCCGCCUGUGGUGGCUAUGGCCACAACCCUGCUGGGCAGGGUCUUUCCCCGGGCGGCGUGUUCGGCAUAAUUGCUCUCAUCGCUGUCGCUGCGUACCUGGUUGGGGGCUGCGCAUAUCAACGAACCGUCAUGCACCAGCGCGGCUGGAGGCAGUGCCCCAACUACAGUCUUUGGGCCGGGAUCGUGGACUUCUUGAAAGACAUGGCCAUAAUUUGCCUCUCCUCCCUCGGACGCUUCUUCAACUUCAAACGCUCAACAACGAACCGCGCAUCUGCCGGGGCUGAUGGUUUACAACAUGGCCAAUUUGCGGGAAACCGGCGUCGCGAUGUCGAUGCAGAAAAUCGACUGAUUGAUCAGUUGGAUGAGGAAUGGGAUGAUUAGCGAUGUUGUCCGUUGCCCGUUGCGUGGCUCUUUUGAUUCUGUUUCCCUUGCAGACUUCUUGUUUGUGCUUUAUGGCGAUAUGAUAGAUGGUUUUUGCUCUUAGGUAUGGGUUUGAGACAGUGUCGCACGAUUGUAUAGUACUAUUGCUGUGUACUGCUGACCACCCGUGCUGAUAUAUAUAACGAUGCGAUGGGAAUGAAUUAUGUUAG